UGCCACGCACCUUGCCGGAAGUAGCAAUCGAUAACGUACCAAGAUGGCUGACGCAGACUUCAUGAACCCUGAACAAACCGAAGAAGACCCCGCCGCCGCUUUUCUGGCUAGGGAACAGACCGAAUUGGCGGGCCUUGAAGAUGAUAACUUCGGUGUCGAUUCAUCAGAGCCAGUGCAACAAAGUGAUAAUUUUGACCCAUUCACUGGUGGAGCUCCAGAAGACCAAGGUUUAAUGGGAAAUCAGGAAUUUGAAACUACUAAUCAACAACAGGAAUCUGAGGAAAAUCUGGUGGUGGGGGAAACAGGAGGGGGGGUUGUAGACUUUGGUGUUUCUCCUCCCCUCAUUGAUGCCAAGGAACAAAAUUGUGGCAGAUCAAAAGAUGAGGGAAAGCCCAUUAAGACUAAUGGGCCGUCUGAUAUGUACAGUAUAAUCGCUCAACAGGAUCACGAGAGGUCAGAACCUGAAAAGAUCCGAAUCUGGCGAGAGGAACAAGUUUUAAAAUUAGAGGCAAAAGACAAAGAAGAGGAGAAAAAACAGGAAGAAAUGAGGGAUGGAGCGAAGAAGGAGCUUGACGACUGGUAUAAACACAACCAAGAGCAGUUAGAGAAAACUAAGGAAAACAACCGCCGAGGAAACAUGGCGGCUGAGGAAGCCUUCGUGAAGGAUCGAGACGAGACACAGCCAGGAGGGGAGUGGGAAAAAAUCUGCAGACUCUGCGAAUUCAACCCCAAAAAUUCGAAAAAUACAAAAGAUGUGUCUAGAUUGAGAGGAAUUUUGCUUCAGCUUAAACAAACACCUCUCGUCCGCUAGUCAACUUGUCCAAUACAAAAAAAAACAAGUUUAGAACAACUAACAUUUACAUUUUAUGUAAGAGAUUUGGUGAUGUGUACUGAAUGCAAGACCUUGUUAUAGAUACGAUUUUUAACAUUUACCAAACUCUCAAUAUUCAUCACAACAAGAAUCGAGAAUAUUAUUUAUCAAAGGAUUUCUGUCAUUUACACUUAUUUUAUAGGACGAUGUGAAGAAAAUUUGUUUAUGAAGUCUUUCUGUGAGUGAGAUUAUUGUAGAUCUUAAAAUGACUUAAGUGUUCAGUUUUAGGUUAAAUGCACUUGGUGUUGUGAUAGAAGCUAGGUAUUAGUAUAUGUACAGAGAAUUUUAAAACAAAAUACAAAGUUAUUCUGUCAGCAGUCAACAAACUGCUUGACCUCAUUUGGUGAUUUCUAGGGAGAUGUGUUACAUAACAUUAUAUAAUGAUGGCAAGGAUUCAUAUAAGAGUUACUUCCCUUUAUAAUUCAGAAUCAGAAUUUUUUAAUGUGGUUUAUAAGUUCGAAACUCUUAUAGGUAUAUAAGGUAGCAUAUGCCCUUAAACCUGACACAAUAUUUCAGUUAAACUUUCCAAAUAUAGUUAAAAAGACAAAUGAGUGAAACUAUACAUUCCACUUUUGAAAUGCAUCCACUUUUCAAAGGAAUUCAUUCAUACUUUCAGCAGAAAAAUUAUUCAAGUUACCAGACAAGGAAUUUUCAGGGUUUGUGAAAAUUAAAAAAUAAAAGCUGUUUGAUUUGAGUGAGAAAUGUGGGGCUUGUCAAGGGGAUUUUUUAGUGUGAAAUAUGGGGCUCCUUAAGGGGAUUUUCUUAAGACUAUGUAGCAUAUAAUUGUUGUGCGUUACAUGUGAAACGAUCAUUGAGUCAUUCAUUGGAUGUUUGCUAUUAUAGGAAAAGAGGUUUGUAAAAAUAUUUAUGUUCCAUUAUACGUAUGUGGAUUACUCCAUUUACUGUAAUUAAAAAUACAGGAAAAAAA